UUAGGUGUGAAUAGAACGAGACACAUUAUACAAUGGCUGAUGAAACAAAUGGUACUAAAGCGGCAAUACCAAAAUGGAUCGAGGCCCAAUUGUUUGAGAAAUUAUUGAAAGAAAAUGUUGAAAACUAUAGGAGCAUAAAAGAAUUUAAAGUUAAACCCGGUAUUGGGGCAGGUGAAAAUUAUGCCACAGUUAUGUUGAAGGUGGAAAUUGAAGUUCAACUGAAAGAUUUAAGCACAAAAUCUCUAUGUUUUAUGUUAAAAGUCAAUCAUGAAAAUGAUCAAUUACGAGAAAUGUUGAAAGGUCAUGAUGUAUUCGAUACUGAAAAAAGCAUGUAUGAUGAAAUAGUACCGGAAUUUGAAAAACUUUAUGCUGACAUUGGUGUUGAAGUAAAAUUUGGUGCAAAAUCUUAUGAUUUACCCACUAAAGAACAAUAUAUUCUAUUGGAAAAUUUGUGUACACGUGGUUUUAAAAAUGCCAAUCGUUUGGAGGGUCUCGAUAUCGAACAUACAAAAUGUGUCCUAAAGAAGUUGGCUCAAUGGCAUGCUGCUUCCGCUGUAUAUGUUACAGUGAAAGGACAAUUCGAGGAUAAAUAUAUAAAAAGUUAUUUCCAUGAGGAAAGCAAAGAAACUAUGAGAACUGUAUUUGAGGGAAUGGGAAAGGUGUUCAAUAGCUGUGCUAAAAACUAUAGCAAUUACGAAGAGUAUGCGGCUGAUCUGGACUCUUUGGACAAUAAACUGGUUGAUGAGUUAUAUAAAACGGCUAUACCAGAUUCCAAUGAAUUUAAUGUUUUAAAUCAUGGUGAUUGUUGGUCCAAUAAUGUUAUGUUUCAAUACGAUGCUUUCGGUAAAAUUAAGGAAACCUAUUUAAUUGAUUUCCAAAUGUCAAAAUAUGGUACACCUGCUCAGGAUUUAUACUAUUUUCUAAUAUCGUCUACCAAAUAUGAAAUCAAAAUAAAACAAUUUGAUUAUUUUAUCAAAUUUUAUCAUGACCAACUAAUGGAAAAUCUUAAAUUGUUGAAAUACAGCAAAAAGAUACCAUCAUUAAAGGAUAUACACAUAAUGUUGUUCAAAUAUGGUAUUUGGGGUUAUUCGACGGCAACUGGUGUUAUGGCAGCCGUACUAUUGGAUCCCACAAAUACUGCCAGUUUGGAGAAUUUCGUUGGUGACUCUGAUGCUGGUUUGACUUUUAAGAAAUUAAUGUAUUCAAAUGAUCGUUAUCGUAAGCAUGUGGAAGCACUAUUGCCUUGGUUAAAUUAUCGUGGUGCGAUAUGUUGUAGUUCAUAAAAAAAUAAACAUUUUUAUAGUUGUAAGUUUAAGUUCAAUGUCAUUAUUUUCAUUGUCAUGUAAAAUCGUUCAUAUUCUUAUCAAUCGAGACUACUUAAUUUUUUUUAUGUAGUAAUUACUAUAUAAAAAAGAUUAAAUAUUACUUAAGUAGUUUUUAUUUGUUUCGAUUCCUAUUAGAGAAGGGUUUGAUUAAAUAAUAUAUCGUAUUAUAUACGAAAUUUUCGUAAAUAUUACGAAAAAAUCAGUUACGAGAUAUUUAUUAUUUAUAACUGGUCAUAGGUUCAUAUAAAACAAAAAUAAUUAAAUUUUAAUAAAUUUAACAACCCGAAUUUUAUCAAGAUGAAUCUAUAACUACAUUUCAGUCCUAUAUAUGUCCCCACUAAUGGAAAAAAUCUUGCAUAAAAUGUCGGUAUCGAAAUAAAAUUCAAUUUUGUAAUUUCCAACACAACACUCACUUUCGAAAAUAAUAUUGGUCAUAUAUAUCAUAUAGUCGGGCUUAACCGACUACACUCUCUGACUUAUCGUCGCUAUUAUCAAUUUGCUUAUUUAACAAUUUUAGCAAAUAAAGAUCUCUUGCAAUCUUUUAAACUCUUAAAAGUGUCUCAAAAUAAAAUUGUUGUAUUUUCAUUUAAAAUAUCAGAAUUUUGAAGCAAUGAUGGACGUCUUCAUAUCAGAUUGCACUGCAAAUAUGUACAAACAUUUAUCAAGUUUUUUCAACAAAUAUUAUUUAUAAUAGAAAUUAUAGACAAAUUAUUUCAUUCACAUAUAAGUAAUUAUUUUACUAAUAUAAUUAUGUAUUUAUCAAAUUAAAAUAUAGUAUAGUCAAGACCAAAAAUUAAAAUCUUAAAACUCAUACAAAUAAAACUUAUCUUCCAGAAUAUACGACUAAUUAAGUGAAACGUUACAAACACCAACAUAAACCCAUUAUA